AACAGGAUUGGGACAAGAAGUUACCUCUGUUUUCACUGGCUUAUCGCAAUGCUGUCCAUGAGACUACCAGCUAUUCCCAUCUCGAAUGCUCAUCGGUCAUGACCUUCUGCCUUGUGAUCUCUUGUUUGAAGUGAUGCAAAAUUUUGCACGAGAGCAAGUCAACUUGGUGACAGAGAAGAUGAAGACCCAAUAGGACACAAAAGCUACAGCACAUCGAUUCAAUGGAGACAAGGUUGAAAAUGUCUGUUGAAGAAAUUCCAUCAGUAGCCCGUGAUGCUGUAUUGAAAAAGUCAUCUCUACCAAAAGAAAAGCAGUUUGUUAAAGGAUAUGACUUUAAUGAUGGUAUAGAUUAUAAUGCUAUAUUUGAGUCAUAUAAAACUUCAGGAUUUCAAGCAACAAAUUUAGGUUUAGCCAUUGAAGAAAUAAAUAAAAUGCUGUUAUGUCGAAAUCAGCUGCUACGCAGUGAAGAUCUUGAUGAUAUGGAGUCAGAUUCAUUUAUACAAAGAAAAUCAAACUGCACAAUAUUCUUAGGUUAUACUUCUAAUAUGGCUUCUUCAGGCAUUAGAGAUACUAUUCGAUUUUUGGUUCAGCAUAAAAUGGUAGACUGCCUUGUGACUUCUGCAGGUGGUGUUGAAGAAGAUAUCAUAAAAUGUCUUGCACCAACUCUUCUAGGAGAUUUUGCUCUUGAUGGUGCUGAACUUCGGGAUAAAGGUUUAAAUCGUAUUGGAAAUUUAUUAGUUCCCAAUGAUAACUAUUGUCAUUUUGAAGACUGGGUUAUGCCUGUAUUAGAUGAAUUAUUAGAAGAUCAGACAUCAAAGAAAUGUGUUUGGUCACCAUCAAAAAUCAUAACUAGAUUGGGGGAGAAAAUAUCUAAUCCAGACUCAAUUUGUUACUGGGCAGCAAAAGUAAGUAAAUUUUAUUAA